AUGUCCCGCGAGGCAGGGGCGUGGCGCGCGGGCGCGGGCGCGGGCGCGGGCGCGCGGGCGCGCAAGCCGAAGAAGCCGCACUACAUCCCGCGCCCCUGGGGCAAGCCGUACAACUACAAGUGUUUCCAGUGCCCGUUCACCUGCCUGGAGAAGUCGCACCUGUACAACCACAUGAAGUACAGCCUCUGCAAAGACUCCCUGUCCCUGCUGCUCGACUCGCCGGACUGGGCGUGCCGCCGCGCCCCAGCCGCGCCCCGGCCCCGCGCGCCCGGCCCCCACCGCGCUGGCGAGCGCGCCAUCCCCGCCGCUCCCGACCUCGUCGGCGCGGACGGCUUGUCCCUACGUCGCUGCGCUGGGGCUCCCAAGCCUGGGGCCGAGGGCACCCCGGGGACGCCGCCCCCCGCCGCCAGGGCCUCCAGGAAGGGUCCAGGAGCCGGCAGCCUCCUGGGCAAGUCAUGGAAGCCUGGGCCAUGCGGGCGCCCCGGGGACACGGCUUCCACGGGCCCAGAAGGCAGCGCCCCCUGCUACCCGCCACCCGCCCUCAGUGAGGUCCCUGAGGCCCAGAGUCUCCAACUGUCCCUGCUGGGCGUCAACUACCCGCUCAGCCCAGGGCUUUUCUCCUACUUGGGACCCUCGCUAGCCGCCACCCACAUGCCCUUCCUGGCCUCGGCCAGCCCCUUGCUGCCCCCGGGCCCUGCCUUCCAGGCCCCGCAGCCCGCCGAGCGCCCAGCCCUGGCUCCCCAGUUCUACUACCCUCUGGUCCUGGAACACGGCCUGGGGCUGCCAGCAGGCAGGGCCACCUUCUCCAAGGCUCCCCUUGCCCCCAGACCCCCUGGGACCCUGGCCUCCGGGCUGCUGAAGGUAUCCGUAACCGGGGUGGGGGGACCCUGGCCCCAAGCCACCCCCAGGGGUCCAGGGCAGGAGGGAGAGCUGGAGCAGGGUGCUCAGGAGAACCCAACGAGGAAGCCGCCCCCAGGAAGCAGGCUGGAGUUCCGGAAGGUUCCAAGCAUAGCCAAGCUUGGUUACCAGAGCAGCCUGCCAUCCAGGUCCCCUGCAAUGCUCUGUACCGAAGAUAAGGAGCCCUUCGACCCAGAGGUCCUGGGCCCUACUGGCCCCCUCACCCAGCUGCCACAGGGCCUGGGACCUGGCAGCCCGGGGCAUGUUGGCGAGGACCUGGCCAGGGCCCUGGGUGACUAUGCACGUGUGGAGCAGUGUCUGGGGCAGCUGGCACCCACAGGCAGCCUGGCGCCACGUCCCCUGCGUGAACAGCUGGGUAAGAUCCGCCAGGAACUUCUGCAUAUCCACCGAGCGCUGGAGCAGGCCGUGCACCCGCCUGAUGCACCCCUGGAUCUCUCUGUGAAGAGGGUACCCGCCAAGGGGCCUGAGCCGCCCACGGGGGCCUGGGGGCUGCCUGAGCCGGGCCCCGUGCUGGGCCAUGGGACCCCCAAGCCACCCGACACACUGGGCCCCGUGGUCACUGAGCCCUUCUCUGGCCACACCACCAAGUGCGAGGCUGACUCCAGCGUCCCACCCCCGGGCCUCCCCCUGCCUGCCACCGAGGACGUCGCUCCCUGUGGUGGCUGGGGUGCCCUCAGUAUGGCAGGGGGCUCCCGGACCCCUGAGGCUGUCCCUGGCCUGCAGAUCCCUGGGGAUCCGAAAGUCUGA